CGCACACAUGACAGUAGUGACACCAGCCCGCCGCCAACCACCACCACCUGUCGUCGUGCCUUCACUGUCUGCGCACUAGAGACAAUAGUGUCACAGGAAGCUCCAACGGAAAUGCCGCCGCCUACGGCCGCUGCCAACGGAAAAGGCCAUGAAAUCGGACUGCGUUCCGUCGGACACCUUCAAAAUUGCAGUGGGAAAAUCAAGGACCUUUACCGUGGAAUAGCCAAAGGAUCUUCAAUGCCACAGUCCCGAUGCUACCUUAGGAAUAGCCGGGAAGAAGUAGUAAAUCUAUUCCGGCUCAGUCUCGUGACCAGCUUUAGCUUAGGAGGCGAGGACUACGGCGAUGGUGGCCGGAAGGGACGGUCGAAAGAAUGUUUGGCGUGGGCUGAGAAUAAC